AUGAAACUACUAAUUACCUUUGCUUCUAAUGAUACGGUCUUGAAUAUCGAGGUGUCUGAUGAAAUGACACUCGGUGACCUCAAGGCAUAUAUCGAGAUUGAGUCUUCAGUUGCUAGCGCUUUGCAAGUGUUGGUGUAUAAGACCCAGCCUAUGGAAAAUGACAGUCUACCUUUAAGCAAUUGGAACUUAGAAAGUGAUGAUGUGAUUGUGGUAGUGGAACGACCACGGGAACUGCCAUCAGCUACCGGAGGUACAGCCCCUACACCGACACCAGGUAGAGGGACCAUUCCUGGAGCUGCUGAGUUAGAAGCAUUACGAAAUCAAAUUUUGAAUGAUCCUGCAUUACGAAGUAAUAUCGAACAACGAUAUCCUCAACUUCGAGAUGCUAUUGACAAUCCGACUCGUUUCCGUGAGUUGAUGAGCACCAUUGAAAAUGAACGUCGUCAACAACAGUCAGCCGCUGAUCAGGAGAUGGCUAGACUCCAGCAGGACCCAGAUAAUGAAGAGAACCAAAGGAGAAUAUUAGAGCUCAUUCAACAAGAAGCUGUUAUGGAAAACUUGCAGAAUGCUCUUGAGCAUAAUCCUGAAGUUUUUGGUAACGUGACGAUGUUGUUUGUGGAUGUGCUCGUCAAUGGUCACAAAGUAAAGGCAUUUGUAGAUUCGGGUGCUCAAGCUACAGUCAUCAGUCCCGAAUGCGUCGAGAAGUGCUCAAUGACUCAUUUGAUUGACAAAAGAUUCCAAGGUGUAGCACAUGGUGUAGGAACAGCUAAGAUCUUGGGCCGUAUCCACAGUGCCCCUAUCAAGGUUGGCGAUUCUUUUUAUCCUUGUAGUUUCACAGUCAUGGAAGGCAAAUCAGUGGACCUUUUAUUAGGUUUAGAUAUGCUUCGAAGAUACCAAGCGAACAUUGACUUGAAACGUAAUGUAUUGGUCUUCGGUGACUCGGAAUGUCCAUUUUUGAGUGAGGCAGAAAUUCCUCGUAUAUUCGAGGAACAAGCUGAUGAAGCUGCUGCUCGUUCUGAAGGUCGUUCCGCAUCCACUUCUUCUAGCAUUUCCUCUUCUGCAGGAGCUCGCUCGUCUCCUGCCACUGCAUCACCAGUUGCUCGAGCCGCCUCUGCUGCCACAGCUCGUCAACUGUCGUCAAGCCAGUCCUCAGCCACUUCUCCACCAUCAUCCUUUCCUGAUGCUGAUAUUCAGAAUCUUAUGAACUUGGGAUUCUCGCGUGCAGAAGCCAUUACUGCUCUCCGCCAAACUGGUGGUAAUGCCGAACUGGCUGCUGCUCUACUAUUCCAAUAA